UUUAUCCGUAACCACUGACCAUCCCGACAACAAUGAUGAGAUAAUUGGGAUUAUUCGGAAAGCGCUCCACUCGCAAGGAAGGCCGAUCUGGGGGCUAUGAUAGCAGAUAGAGAGCCACAGGCAGAUAGUAGAUUAAUCGUUAAGCCGAUGAGGAAUCACCAGAGUGGAAUGGCGGCCGGAAUAUCCGAAAUCUCAACUCUGGCGGAAACAAAAUCAGCCUUGUCUUCUUUCUCCCCACAGGGAUGCCCCUCGUGCUUCGUGGGACGCAAUUGUGAUUGGAUUUCCGUCACUUGGACAGAGACUGGGAACAUCAGGACAGACAUCGUCAGAAACUGGGACCCGGAGGGAAAGACAAAGACUCGAAUGUCUGGUGGGAUAGACCCACCAGAUCGGUGGCCUUGUUCUUGUCGUAAAACAUGUGCUAUCGUAAUCCGACAAGAAUCCGCUAGGCUAGCAGUACAUAGUGCAUUCUGGUCCUUCUUUUUGGCCCCUUUAUUCUUCAUGGUAAUUGGAGGCGAAGGGAUGGCAUUGGCUGUAACUUGACUAGACAGUUGCAAACCACUUAAUAUGAAUGGGGGCUGUGAUGGCUAUGGGAGCUAAUGCGCCAGAAACGCGGUAUUCAUCAAUGGGCAUGCUAGUACGGGGGUACUAGUACACAUGGACUACACCAGCACCGUGGGGAUUCAGAACUGGGCUGUGUUCCCUUUUACUCUUGGCGCUCCGAUGCAGAGAGGCAGUUGACAAGUCAUGGUUCAGUUCCGCUGCUGCUGCGGUUGACCCUGCUUCUGUGGUAUGUUCCACGAGCUUCAAGCUGAUCAAUGGAUACGCUCAUAUAGCGUACGGCAUACACACCACUCACGGAGACU